AUGCCUGGCUACCGCCGUCAAUCGCUCCUUCCGUCCCUCGCCAUGCUCCGACUGGACGGCUCGACACCACCUGUGUUGAUCAAGCACCGGAGGAGCUAUGGCAGUCUGGCCAAGCUUCAUAUCAGCUGGGUGACGGAGACAUCAAUCACGUAUCUUCACCCUUCACACAGUCAUCAACAGCCCAUGCAGAGUGGCUCCGGCUUGGUCGGGCCCCCGUCGGGUCCUAACAGCUUCCAGCCAGAGGCGAACACGUACUUUGCCAGCCCAGACAUUGAGAGAACUGCUAACAACAAAGUCUGGAACACUGACGGCGCUGAUGGUGGGCGUGAAGACCGGGCAUUGCACUAUCAGCCUCUUCCGUCCCUACACAGCGCUGCACAUGACUUCACACAGAGCCUUGAGCGCCCGCCACAGUAUGCCGACUACACUAAUCCGUAUCAAUCCCCGCGCACCAGUCCUGCAAUCGAGAACGCACACCAUUCCAAGAUGCCCCACGCAGGUCGAUCUGACUCCGUUGCCUCUCUGUCUGCAUCGUUCGAGAACCCUGAUCCGUCUGUCGUUCGGCCAGCUAUCCAAGAAUGGCGCACCGACAAUCUGGAUAGACAUAAGAUACUUCAACAACAGGAAACAGAUUUGGUGACCCAAUGGAAGCAAGAAUUAUACCGGCAGAAAGGUGAAGCUCGUAGGAAGAGUAUCGCUGAGCGCAAGGCUAGUGCCCAGAAGAAGGCUGUUCCAUCUGCGAAGCGCCGUAAGGUCUCACCAGACCCACAACGAGACUGGACCCCACACACGGCUCCCAUGGCAUACUGGAGUGGGUACGGUAUACUAGUCCCUACUUAUCCAGACGUGAACCGCCCCGUACACUUCACGCCAGCGUCGGUACCCCCAGUCUCCGCUCAUCCAGACGCGAACGGCCCCGUACACUUCACACCAGUGUUGGUACCCCCAGUUAUUCAACCUCCCCUAGCCGCUGACGACCUGCCCCAGCCCGUCGGCGCAGAAUACAAAGACUACAAAUGGUCCGUCUACCGCUACGACCUCCAGCCCACAAGCGGCUACGAGUUCGCCGAAUCCUGGCUCGACGCCCUCCUGUCCGAGACCCUCCGCAGCGAGCGCCGCGAACGCCACAUCACCCACCUGACCUGCGGCUUCAUCGCUUCCGGCACCCGCCUCUCGCUCCUCGUCCUGCACAACGCCGACAACACCGCCGAGUACCACCCCCUCCCAACAUCCACCGUCUCCUUCGCCGUCUACGCCCUGCACACCAACGCCCUGCACUGGACCACGCUGGCCUACGACGCGCGCCCGCUGCUCGCGCAGUGCGUUGCCAGAGGCCUCCUCGCUGAGACGCAGCGCUGGCGCGCCGACGACCCGGCAAUCCUGCGCCGCUACCACCGUGCGUACUGGCUGGCGGCGAACCGGAAGGACAUGAACAAUUUGCUGAACAAGGAGGCUCCGGAGGAGGAUUCGUACGGGCAUAUCGAAGACCGGAGUGACGAGGAUACGGAUUUUGAUUUCCAGAUUGAGGAGGGAGAUUUGAGGGCCGGGUGGGAGGGAGAGGGGGUUGGUGACGAGGAGGGGAGGCUGGCGUGGGAGGAGAUGAUGUAUGAGGCUGAGGUGGCCGAGCAGUGCGGCCCCGAGGGCUGGCAGCACGUGGUGCUGUCGAGUAACUCGUGGUAG